CUUGUUCAAAAUGAAACCUAAAGUACAAUAAAUCAAAUCAUAUUUUUUUUCACCUUCAACAAUGGCUUAUUACUACAACCAAUUUUUUUUCUUGUUAUUACUUGUCACUUUGUCAUUAACAAGUAGCUGCAUAAUUCAAGCAAACGCGCGUCAUCUUCUUGAAGUAACUAUACCUGAGCUUCCUAAGCCUGAACUGCCACAUUUCCCAGAAAUCCCAACUUUACCAAAGCCUGAAUUUCCUGAAAUUUCUAAACACGAGCUGCUAAAUCUGCCAAAGCCUGUCUUGCCAGAAAUCCCAAAGCCAGAGUACUUACCAACAUUUCCAAAGCCUGAACUUUCAACAUUGCCAAAACUCGAGAUGCCUGUCAUUCCUAAGCCUGAACUGCCAACUUUCUCAAAGCCUGAAAUUCCUCAAGUACCUAAAAAGCCUUGAGAGCGCGCGAGGCAUAUAUAUGAAAUUCUCUUUGCUUCAUUGGAGAAGCAUUCUUGAAAUGUUCCACUUCAUUAAUGUGUCAUAUGGUCAUGUGUUUUUCUAUGUUGUACUAGAAAAUUUCAUUUGAAGGUUUCCUUUUGAAAAUAUUAUUUAUGUCAUGAUAUUCUAUCAUCAAUUACAAGAAUUAUUAAUGAAAUUGUUCUGCCAUCAGUUCAA